AUGGCGAAUUUCAUCUCCAUUUUCCUCACUUUCUUCCUCUUCUCACUUCCCAAAUUUUCCCUCCUUUCUUCCGCCUCCGCCGUGGCCAAGGAUCAGGUCGGCUGUUCCAUGUGCUCAGCUUGUGACAACCCAUGUCAACUCCCGCCGCCGCCGCCUCCUCCGCCGGUCGUGGAAUGCCCUCCCCCGCCCUCUCCGCCUCCGCCUCCAUCUCCCCCACCGCCACUCCCUACUUCUCAAUGCCCUCCUCCUCCCUCGCCUCCCUCCUGCGAUGCAUGCGUCUACCCUUCUCCGCCGCCGCCGUCCUCUGUCCAGCCGUACCCUCCGUCCGACGGUGGCCAAUUUCCAGGCAUUGCUCCGCCGCCACCGAAUCCAAUUUUACCGUAUUUUCCUUACUAUUAUUACUCUCCCCCCUCUGCUUCUCCCAAAUCCAUUCCCUUUUCAUGGAAACUUUUGCCUCUGCCUUUCUUAAUAAUCAUCCUCUGCUUUUGA